AUGGUUCUAGGGGAUAAUGAAAACACAAUUGUUAGUUCCAAGCUAAUUUUAACAACAUUGACAACAAAAUUAAUUAGUAGAUACUUUAAGAAAGAAUUUAAAUUUAGUUAUUUUAUUUACUGUUUAGUUUAUAUUAUUGGUAAAAAUAUAAAAUUUUUUAGAAGGGAUCCAGAUAAAAAACCAUCAAUUUUAAAGAUGAAUUUUCUACUAUUGUUUGUCUUUUCAAAUGUGCUCUCUGGGGUUUAUUAUUUGUAUCAAGAUUGUAAUGAAAUUUUUUCAAAAAACAAUGACCCUGAUUUAUAUUUAAUUGGAUUGAUAUUACUUAUUUUUCAAGAUGAUAGUUUUCCACAUGUUUUUAUUCAUAUUACUGAUCUUUAUUUAAAUAUUACUAAAUUUAUUGAAAUUAGAAAACAAAGAAAAAAAGAAAAAAAAUUAAAUAAAAAGGCAGAGAUGCACAAAAAAUUACAAAAAAAACCAUUUGAAAAAGAUUUGGACGGUGCUGGUGGAGAUGAUAGUGGUGAAGAUGACUAUUUUGAAGAAAUAAUGUGUGUAAAUAAAGGUGAAAAAGAAGAAUAUUAUGAAAGUAGAAAAUUAAAACAAAAAAAAAAUUAA